CCCGGACACUCCUUAUUUGGUCGAUACAAGCGUCUUUUUUAUUGCUAGACAGCACCUUAAGCACUGACAAUAGCUGGCCAAGACAAGGGGUUUGAAUUCAAUCAGAGGUGGAUCGCGAAGGACUUACACCGUUCGUUUCAGUGGAGCUCCGAGACGCGCGUCGUUUCACUUCUACCUCCACUGGAUUACUGUUUUACGCUGACCUGUUUGGAUAUAACAUGUUGAACAUGGAAAGGAAAACGUUUUGUAGGAGAUUGUGUGCUGUACUAUUCUUUACAAACUGUGUUUCAGGUAACUAUCCCAAGGCACAGAACGUUUCCUGGUUAUCUAUCAACUUCAAAACACUGCUUAUGUGGGAUCCUAAACCUUCCAACUAUUCAUACACUGUUGAAUAUUCUGUUAUUGGUCAGAUAAGAGAGUGGAACCAGCACUGUAUCCGGACCAUGGAGACUCAGUGUGACCUGUCCAACGCUCUGACUGACCUGAAGGCCACAUACUCAGCUGAUGUCUUCUCAGAACCCCUACAUAGAGUAACCUCUGACCUCACAGAGUUCCCCCACGCCAGUUCGGAAGGGUUCACCCCUUACCAAGACACGCUUAUUGGCAGACCUGAGUUCAAGAUUGAGGUGAGCAAAGACAAGAGGAAGAUCACCCUGUAUGUAACAGACCCUCCCAUAGCCCUGUUCCACGAGCAGAACAAACUAAAGACCAUGCGGGAUGUCUUCGCUGAUGAGCUGCAGUACAAAGUCACCUUUGGGAAAGCAACAAGCACGGGCAAGAAAACAAAGAUCUCUGCCAGCAGUGAGAUAGAGCUAGACAGGAGGGAUGUUGAGCCUGGGGUGAGUUACUGCUUCAACGUGCAGGCCUACAUCCCCUCCCGCAGCGCAGACAAACAGCUGGGAGAGCUCAGUAAAAGACAGUGUUCACCAGGCGCCAAUAAGUCCGUCUUUGAAGAGUUUGGGCUCGGUGUGAUCGCUGGGUUCAUCCUCCUUAUCAUUCUGAUCAUAGUAGUGGCUAUCGUAGUCACAGUGGUGUGCUGCCAACGCACAAGGAAAGCCAACACAAGUGGAAAAGAGGGAGUCCCACUAAAAAGUGUGUAAAAAUGUAUCGUCGACACACAAGGUACAGCUGAACUGGACUUUGAAAUGGAGGCUGCAGGGCAACAUUCUUCUGUGAAAUCGCACAGUGAAUGUGUUACACAUACUCUAGUGUAUAUUUUGUUUCCGUGCAAUGAUGCAAAUAUUCUCCUUUUUAUUUAUUAGCUUUUAUAAACACUACCAACUGUUCAGAUUUUAUUGUGUUUUAUAUCGUUUUUAAGUUGAUAUGAUCUUUGGAAAAAUAUAACUUGAUUUUGGGAGACUGCUGAAUACUAAAUAAUAUGAAAAUAAUAAUUAAGAUGCUUAAUAUAUUAUGUGUAGCCAUUCUAGAAGUACUAUUUGUGUAUUAGGUUAUUUUAAGAUGUAUUUAUGUUUUAGAGCAGGGAUCAACUAGAUCCAGGCUCUGUCGUAGCCAGCCGCGACUGGGAGACCCAUGGGGCGG